GUAUAAAAUGCUACUUGAACUUUUUUUUCUAGAAUUUUCAAGCUAAUCCACCAUAAGCAGAAUUUAUCCUAUAAAUACUAAAUUUUGACAGUUGAAUACUUCUCAAGACUAUGAUACUAUUUAGUAGGCAUUUUUAAGCAACAAAUUUGGCCAUUAGAAUGUUGAUAUUGCUUAAUAAAAAAGAUUUUUUUGCUUAAAUGCAGAUGAUGGAGGCUACACUUAUAAUGUCAACAUGAGUUCUUCUAGGGGACCCUUUGCAGUUAAAAGAGGUCCAUCUUCAAGAAGUGGAGGUCCUCCUCCUAAAAGAUCUGCUCCUUCUGUUCCAGCAAGAAGCAAUAGUGCAGUGAGAGGACGAGGUCCUGAAUCACGCGGGAGAGAGAAUUAUGGAGAUCUACCGCGUAGAAAGCCAGUGUCUUCCCGGAGAGAUUACUAUGUGUCACCAAGAGGUGGUGGUUAUGCUGCAAAAGAUAGUUACAGAGAUUAUCCAGGUUCCCAAGAAGGCAAGGAUUAUGGUCCUCCAACUAGAGACGUUGUGUACCAUGAUUAUGGCCAUUCUAGUCCUCGGGAUGAACAUUUCUCUAGAGGAUAUAGUGACCGUGGUGGCUAUGGUCGCAAUAGAGAUUAUUCUGAGCAUCCAAGUAGAGGCUUUUAUAGAGAUGCAUUUGACAAUUAUGGGAAUUCCCGUGGCGUACUAUCUGCACGAGGGCCUCCACUGACUUACAGUGGAAACAAUCGUUACGAAGAUUGUAACAGUACACGAGAUGGAUAUGGUGGAAAUCGGGACAGUUACUCAAGCAGUCGAAGUGACAUGUAUCCAACUGGUCGUGCACGUGGUAGCAGACGGGAACGAGGGUUCCCACCUUCUCUGGACAGGGUGUACUAUGUUCCUCAUGGAUCAUAUGGUAGUUCAAGUUGUGGGGCUUCUAGAGGCAGUCAGGGGAGAGGCCAGUCUGAAAGAGGAGGACGAAGAAGGUACUAAAACAAAAAUUACACUUGUUUGCCAAACUUCCUUUGCAGACAGAAAAUUUAAAUGCUACUUUUCUUGUGUUGUAAGUACUAGCUAUUAAAAGAAAUACCUUGGUUUUGGAGGAGGGGGCAUAUAUUAACUUCUCUUCUGUGACUUUUCCCUUUUACAAUAUAUAGAUAGAUUUGUUUAAAGUAAUGUCAGUGUCGCUGUUGAGAAAUAAACGUUUCUUCUUGAGAGUGUUUGUACUGUUAAAAGUUCUUAGAAUAAAAGUUUGCACAAAACCCUGUGUCCCGUUGCAUUGUUCUUUGUUGCAUG